AAUUUGAGUAAUAGACACUCCAUUCUUUGAGAUAUUUUUUGCGAUUAAGACUUUCAUUUGAUUUUAUUUCUUAGUAACAAUUUUCAUCGAGCAGCAAUUAAUGAUCAACUUUCAACGAGCAACACUUGUCAGUUCCCUUCAGUGUCCAGCACGCUGUCACUGACACCUGACUGACUUUUUGUCGCAAGUUCCUGUCGACGAUAAUCCAGUGGAGGACCUUUUACAGCGUGCCCGCUUUCUCAGCAGUUUACAGCGCUGGCAGCACCGUGUCUGUGACUUUCAGUCCGCUUCACGGGGUGGGCUGCAGGAGAUCGGAUAUAGAGAUCACCGUAGGAUUGCUGCGGGCGCCUUGUUUAAUACUUUGCAGCAACAUUUGGCUCACCCUCGGAAUACCACGCCCCCUCCCCACAGAUUCACAGGACCCUGAUCCCUCCCUCAAACCGAACCGGCAGCCUAUAACCUCCCCGGAUCUCCACCCAUUCCUCCACAGUUGAUUCUUUGGGAAGGUAUUGUCAUGCAAAUGAAGGACGCGUAAAAUAUUCUCUCAGAGCGCAGCGGAGGGCAGAGACUCACACGGACCGCAAGGAGGACACAGAUCGCGCCACUCGGUGGAUUUCUAUAGUUUGAGUCGCUAGGGACCCGUCCAUCUGUCACAGACACCCUGGUCACAUGAGAAGCGACAUAUAGCCAGGGAACAGAUCGAACAGUUCAAGGAAAACCGACGGGGAUCCAACACGCAGGAGGCUGCUCUGUGGAGAUAGUGGCCAUACUUCCAGUUUUCCCAAGUAAAGUCGGAGGUGUCUCUCUUCUCCAUCCCCUUGUGCAGACUACCUGCUGCUGCUACUGCUGCUACAGAAGGGGAACUAUAUUCUAAAGUCCCCUGGAUCACUCGAGAGCACCCUUCUAUUUUCUAGGGGAUUUAUGAUCUCUCAAAUAUUUACACACCAAGUGUGCCAUUUUCUCUCUUGUCCUUUUUGGGAUAUAUAUACACACAUAUAUGUAAAGUGACCUUUUUCCGUUUUAGUGGGCUACUUUAAAGUGCCUUAACUGGUUAUAAUCCAGUGUAACUGUGGCAUUGCUACCAGACCAGAGACGCUCAACAGGGAGAAGACGAUCAUUAUCAGCUUUAGAGUCCAGGCAGGAUUACUUGUUCCCCACCCCCCAGCGAGCUGCAACCAUGAGCCAGGCGGAUGUGUCAACUUGCUCCGCGCCGCAAAGGGUUUUCCAGGAGGCGGUGAAGAAGGGCAACACCAAGGAGCUGCACUCUUUGCUGCAGAACAUGACAAACUGCGAGUUCAAUGUCAACUCCUUCGGGCCGGAAGGACAGACGGCCCUCCAUCAGUCAGUAAUUGACGGAAACCUGGAGCUGGUAAAACUGCUGGUGAAGUUUGGUGCAGAUAUCAGACUGGCCAACCGGGAAGGGUGGAGCGCUUUACACAUCGCCGCUUUCGGGGGCCACCAAGACAUUGUGCUAUACCUCAUCACCAAGGCCAAGUAUUCCUCUGGCGCCCGGUGAUCAGUCUCUGCUGUCAGGUAAAAGAAAAAAAAAAAGAAAAAGUAGAAAAAUUAAAACAAACAAGCAAACAAAUCAACAACAAUUUAAAUAUAAAACUGCAACACAACACACGGGAAAGCCAGGCUCUUGUAAAAGCAAAAAAUAAAAAUAAAACAAAAAAACAAUAAAACAAAAGAAACCCAACAAAAAAAACAAAAACUGCCAUUAUUUACAUAGUUGUGCCAAAUCAUAUAAAAAAAGGAGAUAAAGAAUAGGCCUGCACAAUAAUCUUUCCUCACUGUAAACCAAACGGGGUCCUCUCUGCACUCCCGAGUGAAGCACCGCAUGGUUCAUACACAGCGCCUCAACACGAAUCUUUUAACAAAAGAAACCCAUUUCGGUGAGUUUGUUGGUACUAAAGCUUUCCUCUUGAAUGUUCGUAUUAGAUCGUGUCGUCCACUAUAAAAGAAAUCAAGUCUCUGUGUAUCGCAUGUGUGUGUUUGGACUCCAGAGAGCAGAUGGCCCAGUUUUUUUUCCCUAUCCCUUGAAUAGUUUCUUUGUGGGAGCGCAGAUUUGACCUGUUGCUCCUCAUUGUUCUGUAAAACCCCCUUUUUAAGUUAUUUUAUAUGAAACAGGCACUUGAUGCUUUAUGGCUGCAUGCUGGAAUAUCUGAAAGGGAAGACACAUGAACAAGAGAAGAAGGGUUGCCCUCUGUUGGUUACCAGAGGUCUUAUUUUCUUUAAUAAAUUUUACUGAUUCUCCUUCUUUUUUUUUUUUCUUUUAAACUCAAAGAGCGGCAUUAUGGCUAUCCAACACAUUUUCAGAUGUGUAAUCAUUAUGUAACAACAACUGACUUCAUAACUGUUGUGAAGUACUGUACACAAUAGCUUUACUUUGUUUCUGUUUCUUUUUUUUUUUAAAGGAAAAGAGCGAUGAGAGCGCUCUGCAAGCAGAUCUUGCCAUGCUGGCGUCCAAUUUUUCAGGCCAGUGCGACCACUUUGCCAAUGGUCAUUGUGUUACUAAAAACCGCUGCUUUCGCUUUGUAUAAAAAAAGACGCAUUUGGAAUUCACUUUAUAAUCUACUUUCAGUAUUUUAUUAACAUCCUAGUCAUCACUGUGAAAGCAGGCUGGGUUUUUUGUUUUUUUUUUAAUUUAUGAAGGUACAUUGAGAAGAUGCAUUUUUAAAUAUAUUGUGGUUCUUCUUAAACACGAUCUGUGUUGUGUAAGGAUAUAAUGGGUGACUCAAGCUGCUUCAGACUUUUUUGUGUAAACUGUCCCGUGUGGAGGUAAGACCUGCCACCCUCAUCCUACUCGCCACAGUUCUAGAUACCCCCACCCCCCAGUAAUAGGCUGUCGACCCCCUCGGAGAGGGCUUUCUCAUCCUCCCAUUAAAGUGACUCUGUUUGGUUGCCUUUUCCCAGCUACCUCGUCUGUAAAGUAUUCUCAAGUCGUUCUGCUUUUCUCACCACCGCCUUGUUUGGAGUCUGUGAUCAUCCGCAUGCCGAUGGGCUGUGUGUGUCUGCUAAAGUAACCUCACAGCCAGAUGGACUUCAGUAAAGAAGAUGCAAUGAACCCAUUUUUGCAUCCUCCUUCGGGACAGUUUUCACACUACAACCAAACCAGUGCUGACAAGCAAAACAUCAUUUUGCCUUUUCUGCAAGGGAGUCUUUGGUUCUGUCUUUCUUUACACAAACACACACAUACACAAGCACGCGCACACACACACACGCACACACACACACACACACACACACACACACACACACACACACACACACACACACACACACACACACACACACACACACACACAGAGCCAUUGUUGCAUGUCUCCCCUAUAAUACUCCACUUUGCUCUCUCUCUGUGUCCUUAUCAGCCUGUAUGGUUGUUUUAGUUCCAUUUAUUUUCUCUCUUUUUUUUUAGUCAUACAAAAAAUGGAAUUGUAUCGCAUGACUUAUAAAUGCAGGGAGUUUUAUUGCACAAAAUCGGAGUCUUGAGCGCCCCCAGUGUUCGUAUGGGGUAACUGCAAGAGCCAAGGCUUUGGAAUAGUUACUACUACUGAGCAGGACCCUAAUACUGUUGGACGAUGAAGACUUAAAAAAGAUCAACAACACAUGACUAUUGCAGGAUGUCACAGAAAAGGAAAAUUAGGUCUCAUAAAUUUGCCUGCUGCAUUUUGAAAGUCAUGGCACCCUAACAUUUGUAACAAUGCUGCUUGUAUGUUUCUUUUCUUGUUAAUGUUGAUGUUGUUAUUUUAUUAUUAUUAUUUUUUGUUUGUUUUUAGAAAAAAAAUGCCUACUGCUCAAAUGGCCAACAGAAUUUUCAUAGCAGCACUGGCUGACCUCAUGAGAAGCUCUUGAGAAGGUGUGCACGAGUGCGUUUUCCCGUUAAGGUGUAUGUGCUUAUGUUUGUGUGUGUGUGUGCGUGUUGUGUGUGUCUAUGUUAUUGUGUACUUCUCAUGAGGCACGUGUCCCAUUUUCAACCUGGAACAACCGAUAAUUAACCGAAACAAUAGUUCCACUACAUUAAGGUAGAUUGGUAUCAGGCAACAAACGAAAUAUGCAUCGCUUGUCUUAAACUUGAUUUUUUUUCUCUUUUGUUUGAAUAUUGCACUGAUGACUGUUGUUGAAAAGUUGGCUUUUAUGUGUCAACAUUUAAGUUUUUUUUCUGAAUAGAAAAAAAAAGCAGACACAACAAAAUACUAUUGUAUAAAUAUAUGCUCCAGGUGAUGAUGUCCUAAUGUGUGUAUUACUUUGUGGAAAAAACAUGAUGUUUUUCAACAAAGACGUGUGUAUCUCUGUGAUUGGGUGUAUGUAUAUAUACAUAUGGAUAUAUAUAUCGAUGCUGAAGAUGAUGAUAUCUUGGGGCACUUUCUUUUCUGAAGUGCUGUCUUCCUGAUUUUGUUUGAAAGGGGAAUAAUACAUUUGAUGGUAAGAUCAUUGUAACAUAAUAAAGAAUUGCACGGUUGUGCAGUUAUUUGGCUCGCUAUGGUCAUAACAUUUAUGACGUAAGGAGCCUGCUGCCGGAUUGGUGUACACAUUGAGAUGAUUUUUUUUUCUAUAAAAAAACAAAAAGGAAAAAAAAAAGGAGAAAAAAAAGAAAGAGAAAAAAGAAUGAAAGAGUGCUGACUUCUUUGGGCCAACUUGUGUUUCUGGUCUUGCUUCAUUUCAAGCAGGAGGAAACGGUUGAGUUUUCAUGUGUGAUGCAGAUGUUCCAUCAUCAUGUCUGAUUUUGGAUUUUUUUUUUUCGUUUGUUUGUAUUCUUUUAUUUUUGAACAUUUGUAACACUGUGAUGAUGACAUCAUGUCAUGUGGAGAUGAGUGCUGUAUUAUUUUUGUACGUUUGUGUACAAGCCAGUAAAGAAAUCAUUAAACUUAAAAUCCUCUGUGUAUGCA